AUGGCUGAUGACCAUGAGCUCAAGGUCCACAAGAUGGGAAGAUACUCCAGGGACGAGAUCGAAGGCAUCGCUAAGACCACGUCAGAGUCUGGCACGCCUCCAUAUAUCUACAUGCAGCUGCCAGGCCCAAACAAAGUUCGACUCCUUCUGACGCCGACUAGAACAUCAAGUGUUCCGAUGAAUUUCGGUCGAGAAGCUGUGGUGAAGUGUAUGGGCCUUCCGACUGAGAGACUCGAGUGGCGAAGCUGCCAGCAGAGCACCGAGGAGGAAACCGAACUCGCGAGGAAACUGAAAAUCUCUUUUGAAACUGCCAAAAGACAUUGA